ACUCCGCGGCAACUCCCAUUCAGUGUAUUUAAUUGCAGCCGGACUGAAGAAUUCCGUCAUGAUCCUCACUGUGAAUCGAGCAUACGUUUAACCUUAUUGGCGCAUGUCCAAGGAAUUGCUCAUGAUUGGGUUCGCUUGACCAAAUUCUCCGGAGGAGAACUUUACACAUGAACUGGACUCCGGCAUGCCAGAAAACAUCCCGUUUCUGAAGAACCGCACGGAACUGGGACAUGUUGGACGCGCGCUGGGUUCGAGCUCGCGACCCGCGUGGGCUGUAGCGGCGCUGGCCAGCGUGCUGAUCUUCACCACGGUGGUGGACGUCCUGGGGAAUCUUCUGGUCAUUAUCUCUGUCUGUCGCAAUAGGAAGCUGAGAAAUGCUGGUAACGUGUUUGUGGUGAGUCUGGCGUUUGCUGAUCUGCUGGUGGCCUUCUACCCCUACCCAUUGGUGCUGUAUGCAAUCUUCCACGAUGGCUGGUCACUGGGGGACACGCAGUGCAAGGUGAGUGGCUUCCUGAUGGGCCUGAGUGUGAUUGGCUCCAUCUUCAACAUCACGGCGAUCGCCAUCAACCGCUACUGCUACAUCUGCCACAGCUUCGCCUAUGGGCGCCUCUACAGCUACCGCAACACGCUCCUGCUGGUGGGUCUGGUGUGGACACUGACCGUGCUGGCCAUCCUGCCCAACCUGUUCGUGGGCUCGCUGCAGUACGACCCGCGCGUCUACUCUUGCACCUUUGCGCAGACGGCCAGCGCCUCGUACACCAUCGCCGUGGUGGUGGUACACUUCCUGGUGCCCAUUGCCGUGGUGACCUACUGCUACCUGCGCAUCUGGAUCCUGGUCAUUCAGGUGCGUCGGAAGGUGAAGAGCAACGAGCGUCCGCGCCUGCGCCCGAGUGACCUGCGCAACUUCGUCACCAUGUUCGUGGUGUUCGUGCUCUUCGCCAUCUGCUGGGCGCCACUCAACCUGAUCGGGCUCGCCGUGGCCAUCGACCCGCACCGCAUUGCACCACACAUCCCCGAGUGGCUCUUCGUGGUCAGCUACUUCAUGGCCUACUUCAAUAGCUGCCUCAACGCCAUCAUCUACGGCCUGCUCAACCGCAACUUCCGCAGGGAGUACAUGCGCAUCGUCACAUCCAUGUGGAUACCACGCCUCUUCGUCACAGAGACCUCGCGGGCAGCUACGGAUGGGAUGAGGAGCAAGCCCUCGCCUGCCAUCAACAACAACGAAUGAAUCAUGGGAAAUGUAGUGUUUUUCUGAAACUUGGAAAAAGAAAUCAGGAAAUAAUGACCUGACAAAAAUACUGUUACAUUUGUGAAUAUUGCCCCAGACUCCAAUGACUUGGUGCCUGUUUGAUUUAUCCAGCACUCAUGAAGUAUCUCUUUUCAUGUUCUCCGAUUUUAUGGUACUGUACAUAUGUUAGAGUUUGCGUUUACGGGAAACAACCUCACACAGUUUAGAUGCUGCUGACAUCCGACUUGUUAUUAUGUAGAUAUCUUAGUAAUCUUGACAUGGAAAAGGAUAACGACAGUUAACGGUUAAUAGACAGAUAUAUUAUUGAUAUAAAUUCUUUCAAAUGCAUAUGCACUGCCUUAAGUCCAGUCUUGUAUAUCAACCAUCUCUUGUGUCUACUGUACUUGUUAUACCUGACCCAUGUGAAAAAGUGCCAAACCCACUACUCUUGACACCAAAUCUCUUAAACUUGUGUGUGUCUGUGUCUGUGUGUGUGUGUGUGUGUGUGUGUGUGUGUGUGUGUG